GACUCACUGGCUCAUUAAAUGGAUCCGAGCGAGCAGUAAUCGACAGAAACAUGGCUGAGGAUAAUACACUGUCAGCGGGCACGGGACUGGCACAGCGUGUACUGAUGUUCUUCGGUAUUUAUAGUUUCUUCAACAAUGUUGUCUGUUUCUUGGACAAGACAGUGAGGUCAUGGUGGAUCACCAGCUGGCUGCCCUCCUGGUGCCCGACAUCUCAAAAACAACUCAAGGAGGCAGAGGAGAAGAUGCUGCAGUACAUCAAAAACAAGUUCCACAAACAGUUUGUCCACAUAUCUGACAACAAAAUGCUAUGGACGUUGGUGUUUAAGGGGCCCAUGGAGAGUAAGACCCCUCUGGUGCUGCUGCAUGGAUUUGGGGGUGGUGUCGGUCUUUGGGCCCUGAACCUGGACUCUCUGUCUCAGCAGAGGCCCAUCUAUGCCUUUGACCUGCUGGGCUUCGGUCAGAGCAGCAGACCUCACUUCAGCACAGAUACCCAAGAGGCUGAGCUCCAGUUUGUGGAGUCCAUUGAGCAAUGGAGGAAUAAACUGGGCCUGGAGAGCAUGAUUAUGCUGGGUCAUAACCUGGGAGGAUAUCUGGCAGCCUCCUAUGCAAUAAAAUACCCUACCAGAGUAAAGCACCUGAUUCUGGUGGAACCGUGGGGUUUUCCAGAGCGGCCUGACCCGGGAGACCAAGACCGACCCAUUCCAGUGUGGAUCAAAGCUCUGGGGGCCAUGCUAAGCCCAUUCAACCCCCUCGCUGGUCUCAGACUGGCUGGACCUUUAGGUCCUACUCUUGUGCAGACUGUGAGACCAGACUUCAAAAAGAAAUUUGUCACUAUGUUUAAUGACAAUAGAGUCUCAGAAUAUAUCUACCAUCUUAAUGUCCAAAGUCCAAGCGGUGAAACGGCCUUUAAAAACUUGACGAUUCCGUAUGGCUGGGCAAAGAGGCCCAUGCUGCAGAGAAUUGGCCUGAUUCACAGCGACAUCCCCAUUACAGUGAUCUAUGGCUCACGCUCCAGCAUAGAUGGCCACUCUGGCAAUUCAAUCAAAGAAAUGAGGCCAAAGUCCCAUGUAGAGAUCAUUGCCAUACGAGGUGCAGGGCACUAUGUGUAUGCUGACCACCCAGAAGACUUCAACCAGAAGGUUCUUCAUGUCUGUGAAAAUUUAAGCUGAAGGUUGAUGAUGAAAGGUCCAUUCCCUUCUGGAAUUAUAUCAUCCCAAACAUGGCAUUCAUGGCCUUCUUUAUGGUGCUAGGUGUCAACAAAUCAUCUAUGCUGCAUCCUGAGCAGUUUGGAAGCUGCUGGAUUUGGAAACCAGAUGUUUGUUUUGCACCACUACUUAAUGUUUUAAACCACUUUUGUGCCUCAUAAGUGUGAAUGUCACAUAAUUGCGAUGAUAAAAUGAUGAGGUGAAUGCAAGCAAACUAAAUGUGAAAAAUAUUAUGAUUUAGAUUUUGAUACAUUAGGGCUUUCAAUUUAACUUUUUAUAUUAGUGUGAUUUAAUUAUAAAGAAAAUUAUUUAGAAAAAAAAAACAAUUCAUCAUGCCCAGUCAUCCGUAUGUAUAUCCCAUAAAAAUGAAUUUUCCUAAUAUCAAAGCUAUUAAAGCUUGAAGUACCACCUUCAUACUUUUGCAAGCUGGCAUUUAGUGGAUUAGGCAACUAGCAUUGCCAAACCACACUUACUGAGAGCAGACAGAACAUCCAUAAACUGAGAAAGCCCUAUGUAUAUUUUAUUGUUUUAAAUUAAAAUCAGAUUAAAUUAUAUAUUUUCUUCCACAUAUAGAGAGUUAUUUUAUGCAUGCUUGCUUUAUUUAAAUGAAACUAUUAAUGCACAACAUUAAAAUUGAAACUAUGGACAUAAUGCAAUAAGUGAGAGCUAUUGGGCAUUUUAAUUAAUAUUCUCACCUGUGUGGAUUUAAAAAAACUACUUUUUAAUGGUUAAUAACAUUUGUAAUGUUUCAGCAGUUUUAUAAACAUGUAUUUUCCAGAUGUUUAUGAAUUAUCAGUAUCUGAGACCAUAGGAUUUUUUUUUAUUAGGUUUUUAUUAUUUUCUACCUCAUGAGAUUGUAACAGUUCCUUGUUAGGAUGAGAAGGGAGGCUGAUGGGUGGAGCUACAGCAAGCUUGUAUGUUCUCUGGCCAUGCAGUUCACAGGUAGCAGUUUACUGUAACAUUUACAUGUAUGAUUACAAUUCCUUAAGAGAUAAAAUAUUUUUUUAUAAGAGCCCCAAUUUUAAAACAUCCACUUAUAUUUUUAUAAAUGUAAAAAUGUUUUUGCCCUCAUUUUCACCCACAGCCUGAGGUUACGUUUUAACACAUUUUAUAUGAAGACUGCACAGAGUCUCAAGUCACAGUCUGUUAAGCCUGAGUAAAUACUGUCACGUGCCUCAGGACUAAGUCAAUAUCUUGUUAAAUCAUUCAGUGGUAAUGGGCAAUUUUAGUAGGCCUUUUAAUAUCAUUGUUAUUUGAAAUUAAAUCGAUGCUGUCAGAAAGAUAAUGUAAAUAACAUUUGUUAGAUUUUAUGGCCUGUGAAAAACAUUAUUUACUGCUUUGACAAAUCUAUUUUUCAUGUGUCAAUCAGAUUAUUAUUGUUAAUUUUAAUAAU